UAUGAGACAAGGGACCAGGGAAGUGUAUUGUAAGUAGCACUUCCAUUAUACUUAAAUAUACUUUCAUUUAGCCUUUAGACUGCUCCCACAACCCCCAAUUUUUUGCAAAUAUGGGGGUGGGGCUUAAUUAAUGUCACAAUGAUCUUAUCUGUAAGACUUGAACAUUAAAGAGAUACUGACAACCAGGCUGGCAAAACAGACAGGUUUAGAAACUUUAAGUGACACUUAAUUACAAAAGUAGCCCUAUCAGUGAAAAAUGGGCAACAGGAAUUAUGGGUAAUUUUACAUAUAAAUGUAUAUUUUAAAAAGUUGUAUUUAAGUGUUACUGUCCCUUUAAGAUAAUGUGAGGGCGGGGCUUAGUUGUGAUGUCACAAUGAACAGAGUUGACUUAAUAACUGACACACCACACACCUAAUCAUUGCUAUCCAGCACACGAGAGAAGAAGGACCUUAGCGAAAGGUAAGAAAAAUACAUAUAAAAAACUCUAUAUACCCUGUAUAUUAUGGGAUGUCAAAUUAUGAAAGUGUCAGCUGUUUGACUAAUUGGCAUAUCUGUAAGCCUUAAACCUUAAGUUAAUAUGUGGCUGACAUAAUUAUGAUGUCAUAAUGAUCUGUAAGCCUCAAGUGAAUAUGGGGCGGGGCUUAAUUGUGAUGUCACAAUGAACAGAGUUGACUUGAUAACUGACACACCAAACAUCAUUGCUAUCCAGCACACAAGAGAAAAUUGACAUUAGUGAAAGGUAAGAAAAAUACAUAUAAAAAACUCUAUAUACCCUGUAUAUUAUGGGAUGUCAAAUUAUGAAAGUGUCAGCUGUUUGACUAAUUGGCAUAUCUGUAAGCCUUAAACCUUAAGUUAAUAUGUGGCUGACUUAAUUAUGAUGUCAUAAUGAUCUGUAAGCUUCAAGUGAAUAUGGGGCGGGGCUUAAUUGUGAUGUCACAAUGAACAGAGUUGACUUGAUAACUGACACACCAACCACCUAUUUAUUUAUUUCCAGCACACAAAAGAAGAAAAACUUUAGUGAAAGCACACGAGAGAAAAAGAAAAUUAGUGAAAGGUAAGAAAAAAAAUAUAUAAAAAACUCUAUAUACCCUGUGUAUUAUGGGAUGCCAAAUUAUGAAAGUGUCAGCUGUUUGACUAAUUGGCAUAUCUGUAAGCCUUAAACCUUAAGUUAAUAUGUGGCUGACUUAAUUAUGAUGUCAUAAUGAUCUGUAAACCUCAAGUGAAUAUGGGGCGGGGCUUAAUUGUGAUGUCACAAUGAACAGAGUUGACUUGAUAACUGACACACCAAACAUCAUUGCUAUCUAGCACACAAGAGAAAAUUUACAUUAUAGAAAGGUAAGAAAAAUACAUAUAAAAAAACUCUAUAUACCCUGUAUAUUAUGGGAUGUCAAAUUAUGAAAGUGUCAGCUAAUUGACAUAUCUGUAAGCCUUAAACCUUAAGUUAAUAUGUGGCUGACUUAAUUAUGAUGUCAUAAUGAUCUGUAAGCCUCAAGUGAAUAUGGGGCGGGGCUUAAUUGUGAUGUCACAAUGAACAGAGUUGACUUGAUACCUGACACACCAACCACCUAUUUAUUUAUUUCCAGCACACAAAAGAAGAAGUACUUUAGUGAAAGCACACGAGAGAAGAAGAAAAAGAUUAGCGAAAACACAGAAGAGAAGAAAAACCUUAGUGAAAACACACUAGUGAAGAAGAACUUUAGAGAAAGCACACGAGUGAAAAAGAACCUUGUGAAAACACACAAGUAAAGAAGAACUUAAGUGAAAGAAGAAUGAGCAGUUUCUGUUCAUUUAGUGACUUGCUGAAAACAAGACAAAUGUUGAGAAGAUUGUUUUGCGCUUGUUGUAAGGGACGAAAGCGAAAAACUCAGUUAAAGGAACCCAGAGGAACAUUGGAACUGGGAAAUCUGAUUGGCAACGGCUCCUCCGGCCAAGUCUACAAGGGUCACAAUCUGAAAACCAACAAGGUUGUGGCCAUUAAAAUGAUGAACCCUUCUGAGGAUACUCAGAAGGAAAUAAAAACGGAGAUAGAGAUCCAUAAGGAAGUAUCAAGGCAUAAAAACAUCGCCUCAUUCUAUGGAGCCUAUCAACAACGUGGCUCCAUAAUGAUGCCUAUAAUGAUUGAAAUGGAAUUUUGUGGAGGUGGGACACUCUUCGAACUGAUCAACAGCCCUUUUUGUAGAGGUCUUCCCGAACAUUGCAUUGCUUAUGUAUGUCGGGAAGUCUUAAAGGGUCUGUCACGCCUCCAGAAAAAACAAAUAAUGCACCGAGACAUCAAAUCCCAUAAUAUUGCGAUAACUGAAGACGCCAGUAUACGUUUAAUUGAUUUUGGGCUUGCAAGAAAAGUUAAAAGAUUUUGGCCUUGCAAAGAACUACAGGGAACGCCGCACUACAUAGCACCUGAGGUGUGGACAUGCAGCUCAUAUGAUUUUAAGUGCGACAUAUGGGCUUUGGGAAUAACUGCCAUUGAGAUGGCAGAAACAAGCUGCCCACUGCUCCAUUUACAAGGAGAAGCAGUUGGAAAAGAAAUCGUAUCUGGAGAUCCUCCAACUCUGAGUCGACCACGCAGAUGGUCUCCAGCUUUUAACUCCUUUAUUGAUCUCUGUCUAACCAAAGAUCCCAAAGACAGACCAAUGGCUAAGUUUCUGCUCCAAGAACAUCACUUCAUAACAGAGCUACAGGAUGAAAUGCAAGUGAAAGCAGAAAUGAAAGACUUAAUCAGAAGACUGAAUGCAGCUAAACAUCUAGCUUCAAAAACAGCAGAAGACAUUGCUAAUGCUGCAGUAGAAGAAGUGCCCAGUGACGUUGUUGUGUCACUGGACACAAAAAAAGAAAAAACAGCAGAGAAUGCUGAAGAAGCUGCUUCAGAGGUUCAUGUGGAUGAACCAGCCAGUGAAGAAGUUGUGGAGGCAAUUUCACCACAAGAUGUCGGCUCAACCGACAUUAUGGGGAAACAGGACACCAUAUGUCAUAUUAAAAUAGGUGAACCUGAGAAGGAUGUUGAAGCCUCAACUACACCUAAGGAGGACCCACUUCAGUCCAGUGAAAAAGCCCCAGAACUUUCAGUUUCUCAGGAUUUGUCUCCACAAGAGGAAGUCGGCUCAACCGACACUGAAGAGGAACAGACCACCGUAUGCCAUAUUGACAUGGGCGAUUCUGAGGAGGCUCCACACACCUCAUUUCAGUCAAGCAAAGAAGCCCCAGUAUUAGAAGAGAAUACUGGAGAUUAGGUCACAGAAAAUGCUAGUGACUUUAUAGGCUUAGUAAUGUUAUUGUUAUUAUUGUUACUGGCGCUUUUUCAUCAACCGACACAAAAAUAGAAGAAACAGCAGAGAAUGCUGAAGAUCUAGCCUCAAAAACAGCAGAAGACAUUCCUAGUUCUGCUGUUGAAGAAAUGCCCAGUGACGAUGUUGUGUCACUGGACACAAAAAUAGAAAAAACAGCAGAGAAUGCUGAAGAAGCUGCUUCAGAGAUUCAGGUGGAUGAACCAGCCAGUGAAGAAGUUGUGGAGGCAAUUUCACCACAAGAUGUCGGCUCAGCCGGCAUUAAGGGGAAUAUAUUUAUAUUCAGAAGAUGAAAUUCUGCAUCUUCAUUUCUUGCAAAUGGUUUUCUACAUUGGGAUAUAAGUAAAAGAGGAGGAAGGAGGCACAUUUAAUUCAGAAGAUGAAAUUCUGCAUCUUCAUUUCUUGCAAAUAGUUUUCUACAUUGGGAUAUAAGUAAAAGAGGAGGAAGGAGGCACAUUUAAUUCAGAAGAUGAAAUACUGCAUCUUCAUUUCUUGCAAAUAUUUUUCUACAUUGGGAUAUAAGUGAAAGAGGAGGAAGGAGGCACAUUUAAUUCAGCAGAUGAAAUUCUGCAUCUUCAUUUCUUGCAAAUGAUUUUCUACAUUGGGAUAUAAGUAAAAGAGGAGGAAGGAGGCACAUUUAAUUCAGAAGAUGAAAUUCUGCAUCUUCAUUUCUUUUUAAAGUUUUUUUUCUAAAAUAAACCAACCAUUGUACAUCUUGAUGUUAUUUCUGUGAAGUGUCUCAUUUAUGUUUUCAGUUUUUACCGAUUUUAAAAAUACAUCUGCAUCUUUCUUUUUUCCCCUUGAUAUUUGGUUUAACAUCAGUAGAAACAUGAAGGGAUAGGAAUGUCAGGCACAUAUAUUAUUUAGGCUCCUUCACUUUAUUUCAUGCCAAAAUUGAUCCAGGAACUAGUCCGAUUGCCAUCUUGGAGUCAGGAAGGAAUUUUUCCCCCUCUGAGGCUGAGAGGGAGAUUGAAUGGACAUAGAAGGGGAGACACAAGCAUAGAACAGACAAGACCAAUCUUAGGGAAAAGCAAGAGUAGGAUAAGCCAACGGAGAGCGAGACAGACUACAGCAGCAUGGAGCAGAUGUGGAAGAGGAUGGAGGAGAUGUGGAAGAGGAAGGACCACAGGGCAAUGGAGUGACCAUAGAAGGGGAGACAUGAGCAUGGGACAUCAGGAAUGAUCAAAAAUGUUCAACUAAAGAAAAUAAUUGGCACAAAAGAACAGUGACACCUCUAAGACUCUUGGAGUUGCCACAUUUCUUCUUUUUAAAGGUUUUAUUCCAAAAUAAACCAACCAUUGUAUGUCCUGA